AUGAUUAGGACCCUGCUGCUGUCCACUUUGGUGGCUGGAGGUAAGUCCUGUCACCCAGAGCCACUGGUUUCCCAUCCCCUGUUUACAUUGUGUGGGUCGCUGCUUCCUGGACUCAAGACCCUUUGUCUUUUCACAGCCCUCAGUUGUGGGGUCUCCACUUACCCGCCUGAUAUGUCUAGGAUGCUUGGAGGUGAAGAAGCGAGGCCCAACAGCUGGCCCUGGCAGGUCUCCCUGCAGUACAGCUCCAAUGGCCAGUGGUACCACACCUGCGGAGGGUCCCUGAUAGCCAACAGCUGGGUCCUGACGGCUGCCCACUGCAUCAGCUCCUCCGGGAUCUACCGCGUGGGGCUGGGCCGGCACAACCUCUACGUUGCAGAGUCCGGCUCGCUGGCCGUCAGUGUGUCUAAGAUUGUGGUGCACAAGGACUGGAACUCCGACCAGGUCUCCAAAGGGAACGACAUUGCCCUGCUCAAACUGGCUAACCCCGUCUCCCUCACCGACAAGAUCCAGCUGGCCUGCCUCCCUCCUGCUGGCACCAUUCUACCCAACAACUACCCCUGCUACGUCACGGGCUGGGGAAGGCUGCAGACCAACAGGGUUCUCCCUGAUGACCUGCAGCAGGGCCGGUUGCUGGUUGUGGACUAUGCCACCUGCUCCAGCUCUGCCUGGUGGGGCAGCACCAUGAAGACGAAUAUGAUCUGUGCUGGGGGUGAUGGUGUGAUAUGCACCUGCAACGGAGACUCCUGUGGGCCACUGAACUGUCAGGCAUCUGAUGGCCGGUGGGAGGUGCAUGGCAUCGGCAGCCUCACGUCGGUCCUUGGCUGCAACUACUACUACAAGCCCUCCAUCUUCACGCGGGUCUCCAACUACAACGACUGGAUCAAUUCGGUAAGAACCGGAGCAGCCCUGAGCCCCAAGGCACUGCCCUGCUCACCCAGCCUCGGGAGUGCCAUGCCCACCUGGCAACUGAGAACCCCCUCCUUCCUCUUGAGAGCUAGAUGGGAACCCCUUGGAGGAGGCUGCAGACCUUGGCAACUGCUGAGUCCCCCAUGGGUCCCCAAAAUUUCCGUGUGGGUAAAGCUGAGUGAAAAGGAACAUGAGAGUAUGGCCUUGUCCAAAGACGUUGGACACUCCUCAGGCAUGUUAAGAGUGAUUGCAAAUAACUAA